AUGAUUCCCAGCAGAGGCCUCCGCUGGUCCAGCCAGGCAAUUGGGAUUGGCAGACGACGUAUACAACCUGUAACAACCAGACAAUUCUCUUCAACACCAGCACAACACCGAGCCCAUGGACUCCUUUCCCAGAACCGCGCAACCCUCCCAGGGACAACAUAUAGCAAUCUUAGAUUAUCGCAGACGAACAAAUUAAUACGAAAUGCCGCCAGCGUACGGUUUGCAUCCACAACUCCUCUUCCAGCUCCAACACUCGUAACAAAUGCCUCCUCCACUACCACUACCGAUGGUGCAAAUUCCGCAGCAACAGGAAUUCCCACGGCAUCUGCAUCAGAAGUCUCGUCAAACAUUACUUCAUCCCUCGACAGCGCCACAGAUUUCACAUCCGAAUCGCUUUACGACAUCCCCGAACACAUUGGAUACCUCCACGAACUCGGCCUCCAAUUCGGGAUAGGUCCAACAUCUUUAAUGCAAUGGAUCAUCGAGCAUAUCCACAUCUAUGCCGGGACUCCCUGGUGGGUAUCUAUCUCCCUCGCAGCUAUCGCCAUGCGAGCCGUCCUUUUCAAAGCCUAUAUCGGUGCCGCAGACAACGCGGCCAGGAUGCAGACAAUCAUGCCAAUUACGCAACCUCUGACAACCAAAAUGCAGGAGGCCAACCGGGCGGGGAAUACCGAUUUGGUGAUGCAGCUGAGAGCUGAGAUGCAGAUGAUUAGUAGCCGGGCAGGUGUCAAGCUGUGGAAGGGCUUCGUGCCUAUGUUGCAGGUGUUCGCUGGAUUUGGAACAUUCAGGCUCUUGAAAGCCAUGUCGGCUAUUCCCGUGCCAGGCUUGGAGACAGGUGGAUUCCUGUGGAUUUACAACCUGUCUGUUCCAGAUCCAUUCUUAGUCUUGCCGAUUGCUACGGCUGCGGUGUUGCAUACAUUGCUACGCAAAGGAGGCGAAAUGGGCUCUAUGAACCUCUCCCCCGAAAUGACCAAAGCCCUGAUGUGGGGAUUCCCCGCCCUCUCAUUGCUCUGCACCUGGUGGCUCCCCGCCUCCGUGCAAAUCUCCUUCUUCGUCUCCGGCCUCCUCUCCAUGGGUCAAGCCACGCUCUUCCGCAAAGACUGGUUCCGCAACUACUUCAACAUGAUACCUCUCCCCGCGAAGAAAACCCCCAACGCACCAGGCGCCCCGAAAUUCCGCGGCGAUCUCAAAAUUGCAGCACCAUUCAACCCCGUCCUGUCCCAAUCGCAACUGAACUCCAGGUUUCAGGAUGCGGGCGCUGCGGCGGAGAAGAAGGCGGGUGUUAUUGGGGAGAUUACGGGGGCGUUUAGUGGGGUUGUUGAGAAGGGGAGGGAGAAGUUGAGGGAUAAUAGCGAGACGAGUCAGGCGAAGAGGCAGAUUCAGGAUAAGAAGGCGUAUGAGUUGAAGAGGAGGGAGGAGAUCAGGCUAGCGAGGAAGGAAGAGAUUAGGUUGGAGAAUCUAGCGACGAAGGCGAGGAGGGCGAAGAGGGCGAAGCUGGCGUCCAAGGAGAAGUGA